AACACAAAAGCUGAAACUCUGGCAAAGCCUUUCACAAAACAUGUAGGGCACGUCCUCUUGGCAUACAUCGACUCUACGAACGACCUGUUGUGUAUCCUGACGCCAGAUAUACGACGAGAACUCGAGCCUGAGCUAUUCUCGUUAUGUGAAAUGUGUGGCGAGUACAAUCGAGAUGCUCUGAUGGUCUCUGCACUGGAUUCCGGCGGCAACACUCUCAUGAAGUCAUUCUGGAGGGAGCAUGAGAAGCAGCGAUAUGUGGGGAAG